CAAAUUGUACGAAUUAAUUUAAUCCGAACUUUAUUCAGAUUUGAACCGUGAAGAAGAAAGCAGUCAAAAGCGAUAUUCAAAAAUUAAUUUAACAAUUUUAGCAAGAAAAAGGUAUCUAAAAGGAAAAUUUAAAAAAUCUUAGAAGAAAUCUUGAAAAAAGUGAAAAAAAAAGCAAGAAAAAUUUAUUGAUUUCAUGCAAGUGAUGCAUCCAAAGGCACAGUAGCAAAAUUAAAUGCUUAAAUUGUGGAUUUAUAAAAAAACUGAAAUUAUCCAAUUAUUGAAAACAUAAACGAAAAUAGUAAACUGUGAAAUAAACAAAGAAAACAAAAAUUCGUGGACAAAGUGAAGUACAGAAAAAGAAGAAUUUAAGAGAUUUAAGGUGUUUUUAUGUAAAUAUAUCAUAGGCUUAUCAAAAAGUUUAAGUUAAUCAAGUAAUCCAGCAUAAUUUGAUAAAAAACAAAGAAAAAAGAGGAAAAAACUAUAAUUUUAUGAAUAGAAAGGAUCUGAAGAAUCAAGUAAGGAACAACAACCAUAAUAACAACAACAACAAAAUGAUGACUGAAACAAUGAAUAGUAACAAUCAUCUUAGUCAAGCUGACCCCGGAUGGAAAUCGAAACUACAAAUCCCACCCAAAGAUAAUAGAAUUAAGACUAGUGAUGUAACUGAUACACGUGGCAAUGAAUUUGAAGAAUUUUGCGUCAAACGCGAACUACUAAUGGGCGUGUUUGAAAUGGGAUGGGAAAAGCCAUCACCAAUUCAAGAAGCAGCAAUUCCAAUUGCUCUCGGUGGUAAGGAUAUUUUAGCUCGUGCUAAAAAUGGUACUGGAAAGACGGGCGCUUAUUGUAUUCCGAUACUUGAGCAAGUUGAUGAGAAGCGUGAUUGCAUUCAAGCUUUGGUUAUUGUACCGACAAGAGAAUUGGCGCUUCAAACGUCACAAAUUUGCAUUGAAUUGGCAAAGCAUUUGAAUAUUAAAGUGAUGGUAACCACAGGCGGCACAAACUUAAAGGACGAUAUCAUGCGGUUGUAUCAGAAAGUUCAAGUUGUUAUAGCAACGCCCGGACGUAUUCUUGAUUUAAUGGACAAGAAUGUUGCCAACAUGGAAAAUUGUAAAGUUUUGGUAUUGGAUGAAGCUGAUAAGUUAUUGUCACAGGACUUUAAAGGCAUGCUGGAUCAUGUCAUCCAGAAAUUACCACGCGAACGUCAAAUUCUUCUCUUCUCAGCAACAUUCCCUUUGACGGUGAAACAAUUUAUGGAUAAGCACUUACGCAAUCCUUAUGAGAUUAAUUUGAUGGAAGAGUUGACAUUGAAAGGUGUUACACAAUAUUAUGCUUUUGUGCAAGAACGACAAAAGGUUCAUUGCCUAAACACUCUCUUCAGUAAGCUUCAAAUCAAUCAAUCAAUCAUCUUUUGUAACUCCACACAGCGCGUGGAAUUACUGGCAAAAAAAAUCACCGAGUUGGGCUAUUGUUGCUAUUACAUUCAUGCUAAGAUGGCUCAAGUUCAUCGUAAUCGUGUUUUUCAUGAUUUUCGUUCAGGCUUGUGCCGAAACUUGGUUUGCUCUGACUUAUUUACACGUGGUAUUGAUGUUCAGGCUGUGAAUGUUGUUAUAAAUUUUGAUUUUCCCAAAAUGGCUGAGACUUAUUUGCAUCGUAUCGGACGCUCAGGACGUUUCGGACAUUUGGGUAUUGCCAUCAAUCUAAUCACGUACGAAGAUCGUUACGAUCUUCAUCGCAUCGAAAAGGAAUUGGGAACGGAAAUAAAGCCAAUUCCAAAAGUCAUUGAUCCUGCUUUGUAUGUUGCCUCCAAACUACCAGAAGAUCAAGAGGAUCAAAACGCCAACAAGUAAAAUUUCGGCAGAUUAAAAAACAACAACAAAAAGGAAAGUUCUUUGAGUUCUAUUUUUGAUAAAUUUACACAUGAACACGGGAAACACAUUUAAUAAUAACUUCUAAAGACUUCAUCAGAUGAGUGAGAGAUGAACGUCAAAGGUGAGAGAAAACUUCAUGCGAGUCAUUUUCUUUUAAUUUUAAUUUUUAUUUGAAUUCUUAUUCUUGAAAGUUAAGCUUCAUUUGUUGUUUACAUGGAAGCAUAAAAAAUGAACAAUGUCUGCCUGCGUUUGGAAAUCUGUUUUAAACUUCGUUUUUUUAUUCCUCUGAAAUUUAAGGAAAUAAUUUUUUCUGGGGUUUCAUUCCUAAUUGAAUUUCCUUCCGGUUUUUGUAUGAAACGCGAAUGUUUCUUCCUAUUUUAAAGCGUGACUCGCAAAGCUUUCACCUUCAACUUUCAUCUCUCUACCCAUCGCCCAAGAAUUACAGAAAUAAAAUGAAAACACUAAAAUCAUUGAAUUCGAUAGGAAAAAAACAUUUGAAAUAACUUCGAAAAGGGCAAAACAAUUUAAUUGAUAAGAAAAAGAAAAUCUUUGUAUUACUGAAAUAAAGAAAAAGCUCGUAGUCGAAAGAAGUAAAAAAAAAGAUUUUGUCAUGAAAUUAAUUAGUUAAAAAGAAGAAAAUGAAAAAGAAAAUCAAUUUCCGAAGUCAAAAGAAAAACCUGUAAAGAAAUAUUUAAGAAAAAAACUUUUUGGCUUCAUUUUCGCGAUACAACCAGAAGAAUAAUUCGGGUCGAAGGGUGAAUAAAGAUUUUUUAUUUUUCAUUUUGUAAAAUAGAGUUUGAUUCAACAUGCCCUGUCUCCACAAAUGAGCCCGAAACGGCGCACAGAAAGUAAUUAAAAAAUUUUCAAGCAACUUUUUUUUUGUGUAAUGAAGAAGAAACUGGCGAUGAAAAAAUAAAUCGGAAAUAAAGAAUGAAAAUAUAUAAAAAAAUUAAAAGUUUUAAGGGCAUGAAGAAUCUCCUUUUUUUAAUAAACAGAAAUGAAGGAAUAAUAACUGAGCAACACAAUUAGAAAAUUCUUCUUGUUGUGUCUUCAGAAGGAUAAAAGGAAAAAAAAGUUUCACAACAAGAAAAUUUCUCAUUGAAAGUUAAAUCUUCUUCUUGAUUUAAAAGACUUUUUCAAUUUUUCUUUUCUUCCUUUCAUGACAGUUUUUUGCUUUUGAUUAGUUUGAGUCGAGACGAUAUUACAUGAGAUAAAAAUUCUUUAGUCAAAAAUGAUCAAAGAAUAAGCUCUCGUUUUCGUCUUCAAAAGCAACUUGUCAGACAAUAUUACUUUAAUUAUAAAUAUAUAUAUUUUUUUGUAUAAAAAAAUCAGCAUAAGGAAAAAGCAUAACGAAAAUUUAUUGUCUUUAAGAUAAAAACAGGCAAAAAAAGAAGAAAAUAACAAAAAGUUAAGAGUCGUUAAGCGGCCUCCCUUAUAGCCUUCAACAAAAACAACAAAUAAAUGUCGGGAGGCAUAGAUUGGGUCAGUUUUGGAAAAGACAUAAGAAAUACGGAAGAGAAAUCGCCGGCCAUUUCAUCUCCUGCCGGGCAUAAUUUUGUGACUUAACAAAUGAACCACUGAAGCAACGCGACAAUGGUAAAAAAACAAGAAAAUCGCGUGAUUACUCAAAAGAAAUAAAAAUUAAAAAGUUGAAAAAUCGUUAGGGCAAUUUAUGCGUAGGAGGCGACCUCGUGGCCACGAUAAAAUAAAUCUUAAACUUUCGCCGUUUUCUUUACUGUCUUUUCUUCUUUUUGGCCACCCUUGUUUAAUUAGGAGCACUUGUGAACAAAUAUUUAUGCUCAUCGGGGAGCUGUCCAAUCAUAAAAAUACGACAAAUUAAAAUAACAUCAAGAGGGCUCAUUAUAAAGUUAUGAUGAAAAUAUUCCAGGGAAUUUUUGAUCUAUGAGAAUAAAUAAAUUAACUUUCUCUUUAUCGAAACUUUCAACAUUCAUAAAAACUUCAUUAAAUAUUGUUUGUUAUCAUAAAUCAAGAAUUCCUUAAAGUACAUCAUUGAAUCUCUCUCACUCAUUGCAUUACAUCGCGAUGAAACAAAAGAAAAACUGCUGUUGAGAGAGAGUAAAACAUUUGAAAAAUUUCACUUGAUUUUACAAGUGCAAAAAAAAUCAUCCUUUCAUUAAAGUUAGAGAUGCUCAUGCUUUAAAAAUGAAAAUAUUUCGCGAUGAAAAAAUGAAAAACUUAUUCAGAUUCAAAUCCUCUAAAUGAAAACGAAAAGAGGGUUAAAAAUACCAAAAGAGUAGAAAUAUUUGUUGUUUUACAUUCAGAUCGUCGUGAGAUUUUUCUGAGAUAGAAAAUCUUCAAGCAUUUGUUAGUUAAUUAUUUCAUGAUGCAAAAUGACUUUUCGAAGAAAAUAAUGAAAAAGUCACAAAAAAAAUGGAAAUAGUCAUUGAGAAUUCAUGAAAUAAUUCACCGGGCUUUGUUUUCGAAAACCUUCAAGAACAAAGAUUUCUUUAAUGUUAUUCAUUUUCAAUCAUUAUAAAUUCUCCUCAUUAUCCAACAUUUCCUUUCUCCUUUUGUUCUCACAAUCAUUCCUGUCCCGCCGGAUAAGCGCGUUAUAUCCCUUCUCUAUUAUUUUCCAUUUCCCAUGUCAUUAAUGAUUAAGAAAAAUGCAUUCGGGCUUUUCCAAUUAAAUUGUUUUAACGUACGACAAACAAAUGAAAAAAAAAUUCAUUUAAAGGCACAGUUCUUGAUCAAGAGCAAAACGAGACACAUUUUAGGCAACACCGCCCCCUGAAUCUACCAGUUUAUAUAUCGAGUGAUAAAAGCAUAGAACGAUAAUUAGAAAAACAGAAAUUAUAUCUCCAAGCUAAAGUUAUCAUCGUUUACUGUGGUUCAAACUUCUUUUUCUAAUUAAAUUAUUUUCAAUUUUUUUAACUCUAGAAUGUGUCUCUUUCUCAUUUGAAAAACAUUAAAUUUAAAUCUCUUAAAGUGAUAAUUAAGAAAAAAAAAAGAGGUUAAUGAGUAAAACAACAUUCGGAUGCUCGAAACCUUGUUGAAGCUUAAAACAACAAACAAAGAAGCUAAAAAAAGCAAUGAAUAAAACUUAAGGGGGCGGUUAUAUUUUUGCGAACUUUCCUUAAUCACAAUAAAUUUAUUACAGUAAUUGAAAAUAAAUUUUUCUCAGUUAAAGUUCAGACAAAACUUAAUUUACAAUAACAAAUGUACCAAAAAUUUUGCUUCCCAUAAUUUUCGAUUGAGAUUAAGCGUUUCCUGUGGUAUAAAAAGUAGGAAAAAUUUCUAAAAGCCAUAAAAACAAUUUCAAUAUUUCCUGAACGUUUUAACACCUACAUAAACGACAAACUGUGCAAAGUUUAAAAAUAAAUUGAAGCGCUUCGAUAAUUGCCCAUUGAACAGUAAAGUUUUUAGUUUUUCGUUUCAAUAUAAAUAGAUUCCUCCCGUGAAAAUUAAUUAACGUUUUUCUGGUAAUUCAAUCGUUCAAUUGAUUACAAAUUCGAUAAACUUCAUAUUUUAACUUUAAAAAUUCUACAAAAGUACCUGGAAUUUACACUGAAAAUAAAUAAAAUUUCGAAUAUCAUCGUUAACUCCCGCCGAUACACUUCACCAUGUUAUGAUAGGAUUUCUCUUAUUAAUUAAAUAUUCUUAAGACGAUGAUGAAUUUCGGGAAAAUUGAUAUAGAAGUUCUCUUUUUUUUCACCGGAAAUUUUUAAAUCAUAUUAUUUAUUUCCAAAGUUGAUGGAUUUUCCAUGUCAAAUGUCGAAAGCUUUAUUUCAUCCAUUAAGUUUUGAGUCCACUCAAGGAUGAAAAACUAUUUGGUGACAAUUUCUAUGCAAUGGUUUUGCCAUUCAACAUGAAAAGACGAAGUACUCAGUGUCGUGAUGAUGAUGAUAAUGCUUCAUUUCCUUUGGAGAAUUGAAUAAAGAUCUCCCUAGUUGUGGAUAACGAAAUGGCAUUUUAAGUAGAUGAUUCUUGUGAAAUUAAUGACUGGAAAUUCACUCUCCUCUUGAUCAUUACUUGUAGGAAAAAACGGAGAAUAACAGAGUCAAGAAAAAGCCACUCAGAGGUGACUGUCAAUUGAAAUUGAAAAAAAAAGUAAUAAUAGUAAAAACGAUAGGAAGUGAAGAAGAAUAACCAAUCGUAAAGAAAUUCUCGAUGAAUUUUAUUGCAUUUUCCCGCAUAAUUUCACUAUAAAUUGCAAGAAAAAAAUAUCAAUCCAAACACAAGAGAACCAGAAAUCGAUUGAAUUUCAUCUCUCCUUCUCUGCAUUGCUUAUCAUUUGAUAUUUGAUUUCACAUUUCACGUUCGUCGAUUAGAAAAGUCACAACUUUCGCAAUCGAUAUAAAUUUUUUUAGAUUUCCUCUUGCACGAAUAACAAUUUCUCAUAACAAGUGGUGAAAGAAUACAUGGUGAGGGGUUGCGAUGAAAAUCAAUUUCCAUUCAUACACAUGAAUGAAUUUUCCGAGACAUAUAUACGAAAAAUAAAAUUAUGAUCAGAAAUAUUCUGCCACUGAAUGAAUCCGGGAGAACGUCGUAAAAUCACAGUGGCAUAAAAUUGGCAUGCUAAAAAAUUCGCGAGCGCAAAACUACUUCCAUCAAGCAGCCAUAAAAUUGAUGACAAACUUUUAUUAAAGUAGUUGCGCUCAUUUUUUUUCUUCUACUGCUUGUACUGCUAUUAUAUUAUGGUUAAAAAAAUCUUUUCAUUUAGAAAAUCGAGUAAAAAAAUUUUCAAUUCCCGUUGGUAUUACCAUUGCCACCAGCAGCAGUCUUAGUAGUAGCAGAGAAUGAACUCCUUCUUUUACAUUUUUAAUGACACCAAAAAGCGCACAACUAGAAGAAGGAAACAGAAAAGAGAUUUUCUUAAAGAGCGGUUUAAGAGAAAGAAAAUUAACAAGAUACAAGACAGUUUUCGUUAUCAAACUACAGAAGAAAAGGACAGGAUAUCUUGAUUAUGUUUAACUGCAAAAACUUUUCAUUUUUUUCCAAAAAAAUCCGUUUUUUUACUAAAAGGAGUUUUGAAAAAGUUUUACAACAUAAAACUGUUUUUUCUCUCUUAAACCGCUGAAAGCUCUUUUUUUCGCGCUUUAUCAAGAAGUAAAAUAAAACCCAACUCAUAUCGCCUUUAUUAUUAUUUCAUUAAAAAAUUUUAUACUCCUUUUUCUUGUCUUGUCGUUAGUUUUUCUGUCUUCUUAUUCCAUAGCAUUAGUUUACUCCCUCCGGUUGUCUUAACUUUUUAAAACAUUAAUUUUCAUCUUUUCUCUUUGCUUCUUUUCAUUUUUUUUUUUGUUAAACUCAAGCUUUUCCCUUUCCUUUUUAAUUCAUUCCUCUUUUUUUCCUGACGAUGGCGAUAUAUCUUUCAGUAUAAUUAAAUUUUUUUCUUUUUUUCCUUUUUAUGCGCUCUGAAUGAAACUGAGAAAAUUCUCUGUUUCGUCUUCAUUUUCUCCAAUUAUUUCAACCAAAUUAACUGACGGCAUAAAUGACUGUUUAGCUUUUUUAAUAUUAAAAGUUAUCAUUUAAAACUUUUCUUAUUAUCUUCUUCUGCCCAGUUGGCAUGCUUAUUAUCCAGCUCAGCUAUAGCACUGUGGCGAAUGACGUUUGAAGAGCGCACAAAAAGUUUCGUUUUAAGUUUUUAAACUAUUCAGUUCUUAUUUUAUUUUCAUUUUCAUUCCUUCUGCGGAAAGCGAUUUUUUUUCGCGAAGUCAACAAAAUUCUUAACUAAACGAGAUAAAAAGAAUUCUUGCAUAAACAACGCAAUUUCGUUACUUACUCUCUCAUUUGCGAAGCAAAAGCGAAAUAAAAGAAUGUUAAAUUUUAUCCGAUAAAUGGGACAAAACGUUGAUAGUGUGGAAGAAAAAGCUUACGAACAUUUGUAAAGCUACAAAACUAACUUACAACGCCAAAUCCCCUCUUGAAAAAACCGAAGAUUUUGAAAUCCGCAACAAACAUACAAAUAAAUAAAAUAAUAAAGAAAAUAAAAAUGAAUUUCAAAAGAAAUUAGAUUAAAAAAUUGUCAAAAGUUUUCAAACAUUUUUCUCGUGUCUCCGUCUAUUACCGCGAAUGUUUUAACAUAACAACAGCCAAACAUACAUACUUUCAUUUGUAGAUUUCAUUGGAAAUUCUUUGCUUUUAUUUCUCUUAUUUUUCUUCUGUUCAUCUAAUUCCACAUCAGAAUUGGGUAAUCCAUUUUAUUUGCAUGUAAUUUGUUUCCACUCGAUUUUUAAAUAAAGCAAGCAACGACAAGCACAAGAUGUGAAUAUUUUUUCAAUUUUCUCAUCUGAAAUUCACUUGGUUUAUGUUGUGGCGUGUGCGAGUAAGGGUGGAAAAGCUUUUCAUGAAGAAAAAAGAGAUGAGUAAGAUGACAUAAGAACAAAAUUUUCUUUCUCCACCCCUUAAAAAAAUGAGAUUGAGAAAUGUAAUCAAAAGUAAAUCCCUCAACCAUUUCAAUUUUACACAUUCCUCCCCGUUUUCCAAUCCAUUAAAUUUGAAACAAAUAAGCAGUAAAGUGUGGUUUUAAUUUUAUGAUAAAAUUAUUCCAUCUUUUCAUUUCCACCCAUCAAAUGGCAAACAAGAACUUGAAAAACCAGCAUAAUGAUAUCGUUUUCGAAGCUUUUUCAACUUUCUUGAUCUGCAAGAGAAAAUUUCCUUCUUCUCCUUUUUUAGAAUUUUCAAAUUGGUAAUAGAAAAAAAUAUUAUCUAAAUGAACUCAAGAGUCAAAUUGCUGUGAAAAUUUAUAUGUUGAGAAGAGUUCUUGGUUGAGGGAUUUUCCGAUUUUCUUAUUCUCCAUCUUUCACCACCGCUAUUGACCACAAGAUAAAUCAAGUAAAGGCAUAAGUAAGCUGGAAGAAAAGACCAGGAGAAAGUUAAUCAGAGUAUAACACUGGGGCUACAGCGUUGGGGAUUGGAUGAAGACUAAUUAAGUGGUUUUUCGACAAAGUUAAAGCUUUUCCAUUGAUUCGUGAAAAUUACGAUGGUGGUAUAGGGAUUUACGUUGUGAACAGAAGAAACUUUUUUUUAUAUUUUUUUAACAGCAAAUGAAAGAAAAGAAAGGAGAAAAGUUGUAGGGCGAGGCAACACAGAGAAAAGAAGAGAUUGAUGUGAAAAGAAUAAGUAACGAACUAAUGAAUGUUGCCAAGGAUUAAAAGGUCCGAGCGUCAUUGAUGUAGAAAACUGAAUUUCUCUUCGCUGUUGUAAACAAUAAUUUUCCCUCCGGCUAUUUGCACUUUCUUUCCUUUUGUUUGCCAUCACGAAGAAAGAAAAAAGAUCGGAAAGUUUUUUCUCCAACAAAACUUUCUUAUUCUCUUUGUUCCAUUUGGUUUACUUGCCGAAUAGAAAAGUUCUUUUUUGACACAUGUGAACAAGGUGCUUCGAAAGGAAAAUUAGCUUUGUACUGAGAAUUUUUUCAAACAAAUGAAGGGAAACGUUAGAUAAUCGAUCUUUAUCAGGAAAUAGACAGAACUAGCUUUCUUCGAAGCACUUUGUCUUAAAAUCACGUAUGAUGUUGAAUGUACUCUGAUGUAGAACUAAAAACUUACUCUGAUGUGAUGAAACAGAUGAAAAAAAUAAAUAAAUAAAUAAAAUCCAAAACAAGAGAGGGAAAUAAAAAAAAUCUGAUUGGCAUAACAAAACAGUACAGAAAAGAACAAAAAA